AUGGUGACUAUGAAGGGGACUUCCCCUUGUCCUCUUGCAGCUCACCUUCCCAGGCAACAACUCCGCAGGAACGGCCCGAUGCAGAGCAAAGGAAGCCCGACGUGGCACGCGUGCCGGGUGAAAGAUUGCUCGUUUACAGGAUCAGGGGGUGACUUUAACCUGCACAUGAAAGUUGUGCACCAGUACAUCAAGUGCCCCCAGGCUGCUUGCGAGUCUAUGGGACCCGACAAGAAUUCGAUUUAUAAACAUCUGAGGAAGUGUCACAGGGCCAGAUUUAUAUGCCGGGCCAAAAAUUGCUUGUUUGCAGGAUCAAAGGGUGACAUUCAACUUCACAUGAAAGAGGUGCACAAGUACCUCGAGUGUCCCGAGGCUGGUUGCGACUACGUGGGACCCCACAAGGAUGCGCUUUAUGGUCAUCGGCAAGAGCAUCACGGGGAAACAAUGAAGUGUCUUUUCGCUGGUUGCGAUUGGGAUGGAAAGAUACGUAACUUUCUUAGGUAUCAUAAACACACACAUGGUCUGACAUACAAGUGUCCAGAACCCAACUGUCCCUACAAGGAGACCGGAGUACGUCUGGUCCAACAUGUGCGGAGGACACACAAGCGCAAAUUCACGUUGAAAAUGGCGAGGAAUUGCGAGGUGGUUGGGCAAGCCAAAGACCAUGAAGGGUUGGAAGGGAGUAUCAUUGAUGAUGCUGAUGAAGAUGAAGAUGAUGAAGAUGAAGACGAUGAUGAAAAUGAAGACGAUGAUGAAAAUGACGGAGAUUAUGAUAAUACAGUACGAUAG